CUUGAUUUAUAACAAUACUUACAUUUGUGUUAUUAUAAUAUUUUCUGAAAAAUAAAAUUAUAUUUUUUAUACAUUUACUUUUUUAAAUAAAAUGCCAGCAUAUAAAAAGAAAAUCGCCAAGAAAGACGUCCCGAGUGAAUUCGACUCGAGCACGGUGAAUACAAUAAAACGCAUUGAAAAAAAUUCAAAUGUAGUAGGAGUUAUGCACUUUCACAGAGGUAACGUUCAACUGUGCACUGCACCAGAGAGUAUGACACUGAUAUUAACAAAAAAAAUACCGACUUUAACGUCUACCAUCCAUUACAGUAUCGGUGAAAUAGAUAUCUUGGAUGAAUUGGUCGCUUAUCGAAUCGUGACCAACUCGAUUGAAAUCAUGGCGGUCGCAGAUAAAGAGUUCACGAGUUGUGUAAUACAAAGGUUAACGAAACAGAAACAACCAAGAAAACAACACUUAAAAGGAGAAAUAAUUUAAAAAAAAAACAAAUAACAAUUAUGAAAAUAGUAUCCAAUUUAUUAAAAGAUUCGCA